AUGGCAGACAAUCUACAACCUCCUCCAGUUCAAGGAUGUCUUGUCUCAUUUCCAGCAGAUUAUGUCCUUCUUCUCACGCUGAACAGACCCGAGCAGCGUAACUGCAUACCCCUUGCCGUCAGUGCUGAGAUCCAACGACUCUGGGAAUGGUUUGAUGUCCAUCCGGCGCUGAAUGUGGCAAUCAUCACGGGCACCGGAGAAUCAUUCUGUUCCGGGGCCGAUCUCAAAGAAUGGAAUGACCUAAAUGCACGAGGUAUCACAAACGAAAUGACAGCCCCAGGACUAGCCGGUCUACCUCGUCGACGAGGGGGAAAACCCAUCAUCGCCGCCGUGAACGGAUACUGUCUCGGAGGUGGGAUGGAGAUGGUGGUGAACUGUGAUCUGGUCGUGGCCAGCGAGAAGGCGAGCUUCGGCCUGCCUGAAGUGCAGCGCGGAAUCGCUGCUGUGGCCGGCGCGCUCCCUCGGUUGGUUCGGGUGUUAGGGAAGCAGCGAGCAGCGGAGAUCGCACUAAGUGGUGUACCAUUUCCUGCGUCGCAGCUGGAACGGUGGGGGUUUGUGAAUCGCGUGGUGGAGCAUCAUCAAUUGCUUCCCACCGCGGUGGAAAUGGCGAGCACCAUUGCCGCGAACAGUCCGGACAGUAUUCGUGUCACGAUGGAGGGUCUUCAUUACGGAUCGGAGAUGGCCAGUGUUGAGGAAGCCAGUAGCUCCUUGGUUGACCGCUGGUACCAGAAGCUCAUUGCCGGCGACAACUUUCACGAGGGCGUGCGAGCUUUUGUGGAAAAACGAAAGCCACAGUGGAGGCCUUGUAAUCUAUAG